UCCUACUGCAACUUUGUCUUCCUCGAUGAAUCAACCUCAAAUUUCUCUGGAGCAAUAUAUCAAUCCUUACUUCCUUCAUCAUUCUGAUAAUACAAGCCUGGUGCUUGUAUCAGAUUUAUUAACCGAUGAAAACUAUACAUCGUGGAGUAGGUCAAUGAUCAUUGCUCUAACCGUGAAGAACAAAGUUGGUUUCAUCGAUGGUUCAUUGCCGCGAACCUACUGGUGAGCAAUUGCAUUAUUGGAUUAUCUGCAAUAAUGUCGUGAUUUCCUGGAUUCAUCAACAAGAACAAGUUAUGUGUUUCCUUAUGGGCUUAAAUGAUUCUUUUAGCCAAUUUUGUGCUCAAUUACUUCUCAUGGAGCCCGAACCAUCGAUUAAUCGCACUCUCUCUUUAGUUGCGCAAGAGGCACAGCAACGAGCGAUUACUUCACUCGUUCCUCCCUCACCCGCUACUUUGCUUGUUCGAAAUAAUUCGGUUGGAUCAUCUCGUUCGCCAACUUCUACGACUUCUUCUGGUUCUCAAGCAAAUAAGAAAGAUAAACCGGUAUGUACACAUUGUGGAAUUAUUGGACAUACUACGGAUAAGUGUUACCAAUUACAUGGUUAUCCACCGGGCCAUCGAUUUUAUGGACAAAAAUCUAGCUUCUCCAAUUCUUCCAAUUCAAGAUCCAAUUCUGAAUCUGUGAAAUCUGCCUCUUCAUUAAGUUCAAACUCUUUGGACUCGCUUGCCUCUUUUACUGCAGAUCAGUGUCAAGGCUUGCUGACUUUGUUACUGUCUCACCUCUCAACUGUCCAACGCCACACAGAUACAGAUUCUCAUACACCUCAUGUUGCAGGAAAUGUUUUCUUUGAGAACGGUUGGCAGGGCUGACUUAUGGCAGGGCCUCUAUCUUUUUCCAUCCCUCGUCAGUCUUCUACUAUUGCUUGUAAUACUGUUGUUGUUUCUUCUUAUAGUACAUGGCAUGCUCGCCUGGGUUAUCCUUCUACAAAACAUUUGUUUGCUCUUAAGGACAAAUUGCAUAUUACUUCUUUGCCUAAGCAUGAUUCUGCUGAUCCAUGCUCUAU